AUGGAUCACUUCAAACACAGCGCCUCCAUCGGCACUCACACCCUCAGCUACGCACUCCGCGGCCCACCCCGCCAACCCAACAAACCCCUCAUCAUAAUCCUAACCGGAAUCACGAGCAGCGCUCUAGAAUGGAGCGCCGUAUGCCGUCACCUCUCCACCGACGCCUCCAUCCUUCUCUACGAGCGAUCCGGAUACGGCCGCAGCGAACCAUCUCCAAACCCACCCGACUCCCUCACAAUCAUCGACGAGCUCUGCCACCUCCUUGACGCCGCAGCUCUAUCCCCGCCAUACCUCGUCAUCGGACACUCCUGGGGUGGUAUCCUGGCACGAGAGUUCCUCGCCGCCAGACCAGACGAUGUCUGCGGCAUGGUGCUCGUAGAUCCAGUCCAGGAGCGUAUGAUUAUGGAGACGUGGCCGGAUUUUAGCAUUUCUGCUGUUACCGAUGGGUUGGAUUACAUGGAUGUUGUUGGGUUGAUGCGCGAUCGUGUGUUGACUAAUGAAGAAUGGGGAGAUUUGAUGGCGGAGGAGCAAAGUGAAGGCCAUGCGAAACAGGCGGCGCAAGAACUGCCGUUUCUGCAGGUCAGUCGGGGAGUCCUGGCAGAGAAGGAGCAACUUGUUCCUGGGAAGGAUGUUUUGAAGGGAAAGCCGUUGAGUGUGUUAGGAGGGAAUUCGAAGAGGGAUCAUGAGUUGUUGUAUGACGCUGGUGUGGCGAGGGGGGCAGGUACGGUUGCGCAGCGGGAAAGGUUCAGGGAGUAUCUAGCGAAGUGGGGGAGGUGUGAGGAGGAGUUUCAUCGGGAGUUGUUGAAUUUGUCAAGUGUUGCGCGUUAUUCGGUGACGAGGCGGAGUGGGCAUAAUAUCCAACUGACGCAGCCGGAGUUGAUAGCGGAUGAGCUUGUAUGUGACUCUUGGCUGAAUGCAUGGUCUCUUCUGCGCGAAGGCGAUAAAAAUUCCACUCACUCACCUGCUGCACCGAGAUCUCGAGUCCCCGAAACAAUCCUUGCUAAUGGCAAGCUUGGACAACCUGUGUGGGACUUCGACUACAGAUAA